UUACAAGUUAUGUAAAGGUAUAAAUGAAUACUUACAGUUUGGCCAAGGAGAGAAUUGAAAAAUCACUUAUAAUUAAGGAAUGUAUUGUUAAAUAUUCUUAAAGCUUUACUGAAGACUUUCAUUCAUUUCAACAGAUAAAAAUUGAAAGCUUUGUGCUGAAAACUCAUCUCACAAAACAAUUCAGGAACCAAUGCAUGAAGUGAAUGCACAGAAAAUGGAAAGACAAAUAGAAGCCAUCAAAAUAGAUGACAGUUCAGCAUCUGCAUUUCAAAUGGAAAGAAAGGUUCACACGAAGAUAAACAGGAAAGAAAUUAUCCAAGCCAAGCUGAGGAAGAGCUGUUCCUGCACAACACAGAGACUGAAAAAUGCAGUCCUAGAUUUCUUCCCUGUACUACGAUGGCUUCCCAAGUACUCCUACAAAGAGUACAUCUGGGGGGACAUUAUGUCUGGGUUAGUGAUUGGGAUCAUUUUAGUUCCCCAAGCAAUAGCCUACUCCCUGCUAGCAGGUCUGAAGCCCAUUUACAGCCUUUACACAUCAUUCUUUGCCAACAUAAUUUACUUCCUGAUGGGCACUUCCCGACAUGUGUCAGUUGGCAUUUUCAGCUUAAUAAGCUUAAUGGUAGGACAAGUUGUGGAUCGAGAGCUGCUCUUGGCAGGGUUUGACCUGAAUGACGAUGCUCCACCAGCCUUCAGUGACAGCUCUCCAUGGAAGAGAAAUGAUUCUAACAUAACAGCCUUCAAUCUUACCUUUGCGGGGCUGAAUGCGGAGUGUGGGAAAGAGUGCUAUGCCAUCGGAAUUGCUACAGCUUUGACCUUUCUGGCUGGAGUUUACCAAAUCCUGAUGGGAAUCUUUCGUCUUGGCUUUGUAUCUGUAUACCUUUCAGAAUCCAUGCUGGAUGGAUUUGCAACUGGUGCUUCUUUAACAAUCUUAACUGCUCAAGUUAAGUAUCUUAUUGGAAUAAAAAUCCCACGCAGCCAAGGGCUUGGGAUGCUUGUAAUGACCUGGUUUAAUAUUUUUCGAAAUAUUGCUCAGGCUAAUCUCUGUGAUGUAAUAACAAGUACUAUUUGCAUUGUUGUGCUGGUCGCUGCGAAGGAAGUGGGAGAUCGAUACAAACAUAAACUGAAAUUCCCACUUCCGACAGAGUUGGUGAUUAUUGUUGUGGCCACACUGGUUUCACAUUAUGGGAAACUGAAUGAAGUUUAUGGAACCAGUGUCUCAGGUGCAAUUCCAACUGGAUUCAUUCCUCCCCAGGUGCCAAGUUUUAACCUAAUGUUUCGAGUUGCUGUAGAUGCCGUGCCUCUUGCUAUCGUUAGCUUUGCAUUCACAGUCUCCUUAUCAGAAAUGUUUGCCAAGAAAUAUGCCUAUACGAUCAGAGCCAAUCAGGAAAUGUUUGCUAUAGCAUUCUGCAACAUUAUUCCAUCUUUUUUCCAUUCCUUUGCAACCAGUGCAGCUCUUGCAAAAACUCUGGUCAAAACUUCUACAGGCUGUGAGACACAGGUAUCAAGUGUUGUUAGUGCCAUGGUAGUGCUGCUGGUCCUGCUGUUCUUAGCACCACUGUUUUAUUCUUUGCAAAAGUGUGUCUUGGCAUGCAUCAUCAUAGUCAGUCUCAGAGGAGCCCUUCGGAAGUUCAAAGACGUGCCACAGCGAUACUACCUGAACAAAGUGGACACUGUAGUCUGGUGUGUAACUAUGCUCUCCUCUGCCCUAAUCAGCACGGAAGUUGGGCUUUUAGUUGGUGUUGCCGUUUCCAUGCUGUCCAUCAUUGGUCGGACUCAGCGGCCGCAUGCUGCCCUGCUGAGUCAGAUCCCCAGCACUGUCUUUUAUGAGAAUGACCGGGAAUAUGAAAAUCUCUCCCCUGUUCCAAAGGUCAAAAUAUUCCGUUUUGAGGCACCACUUUACUAUGCAAACAAAGACUUUUUCGUGAAGUCUCUCUAUAGAAUGACAGGGCUAGAUCCUACACUGGAAGCUGCAAGAAGGAAGAAGCAGGACAAGAGGGAAAAAGAGCAUCUAAAGAAGGAAAACCAAGCUACAAAUGUUAAUGGAUUCAGUCAGGCAGAUACAACUUUACACUUGGUCCCUAAACAACUUGAUUUCCAGACCAUCAUCAUAGACUGUUCCUUCUUCUCAUUUUUGGACAUACCUGGUGUCAACACACUGAAGGAAAUAUUGAAAGACUAUGGGGCACUAAACAUCACUAUUCUCCUGGCUUGCUGCACUCCCUCUGUGAUUGACUCUCUCAAAAGAGGGGGGUAUUUUGAGAAGGAUGACAGAAACAUGCAUGAAAUGCUGUUCUAUAGCAUACACAGUGCCGUGCAGUUUGCAAGGGACAGAAAGCCUUUGGCAGACAACUCCACUGUUUAGCCUGAAAGAUCCAUAGUUUCUCCUAUGUUGCUUUCCACAUAAGUGGGACAGUUUAAAGUAAUUCCCAUUUAAAAAAGGCAGACCCUUGACUUGCUGCUCAGGAGCAAUCUGCCUCGUUGACACUGUCUCAGGAGGAUGUCUGCAGCAUGGUAGACCCAGCACAGAACAGUCUCUGUGAGGUUGCAGAUUACUAAUAAUGGGAUUGAGGACCAGAUGGAAAGAAACAGAGAUGCACUCAAUUACUACCUGCACUAUCACUUUAAAAUACAUAUAUUGUGCUGGAAGGCAGACUGGAAGUGCUUUUCCCUUGUUCUACAAACUUGUACUCUGGGGCCAGAUCCAGCAAGCCACUUAGGCGCCUAAGUAUUCUACUCUUUAAGUCCUUGAAAAAUCAUCAACACCAGCCUUCACCUUAACCUUAAAACCAGGUUACAACAUGUGGCAAGGGGAAAUAAAGUCCACCCUCCCCCCACCCCCCCUUCUGAACAAAUAGUUUUACCUAGGCCAGAACACAGUAGAAAAGGAUUGCCCUUAGAGGUGGGUGCACACAUGCCUCAGGGCUAAUGGAGGGGAAGGGGCUAAGGCUAUGCUAUCACAAUAAAGAUUGGGCCCCUCUUGGCUCCCCAACUGUCUGCCCUGGCACGUCGACAUCUUACAAGUUGAGAUUGUGGUUGUUUUUGGCACUGCUCAAAAAUGUUGCUGACCUCUGCUCUGGUACAUCAUCCUAUUUCUCACAACAGAUUUAGCUCAUUUGGUUAGAUCAAGGUUGAAAGUUUGAUCCCUGAUUGUACCAGAUGAUCUCUUGAGGUCCCUUCCAGCCUUACUUGUCUAUGAGACAUUUUUCCCC